CUAAACCGAGGUGCGGCUCAAGGGCGGCAGGCAAAAAACAGAGAGCGAGCAACGGCCUCGACGAGAACACCGAUUUGCUCCCCUCCGCCGCCUUCGUCCACUUCCCCAACUUCUUCUCAGAAGCAGCAGAAUCAGGAGAAACAGAACAUGUCGACAACGACGCAGGUUGUGGCUUCGCGGCAGAAGUCGGCGCGCAUCGCGACGAAAGCAAUCCGCCGCGAUGGCGAUUCCCGGCGCUCGUCGCAGCAUCACCGUCACCAGCAACAACAGCAAGCCCCCGAGCUCUAUCCCGGCCUCAACGACCUCUCCGACUUUCUCGAGGCCUUUCCAUUGGAAGUCAUCAGACACUUUACGCUGCUGCGGGAGGUCGAGGCGAAGUGCACGUCCUCGACGAGUCUGCUGGCGGCUCUGAUCCCGCAGUUCCUCGAGACGCCGGUGACCGACCCUGCGCGGGACGCACUGCUGGCGGAGGUGCGACGGGUGAUUGCCGAGCUGCUCCCCUGUUUUGAAGAAAAGAUCCACGUCGCAGGCUCAGCGACCGAGGCCGUCGCGCGGCACAUCGAGCGGCUCGAAGCAGACUACGACCGCAUCGCCCACGGGGGAGAGAUCCCCGACGCAGUAAUCUACGGGCCCGCGAACCACCCCGCGCUCAUCGGCGACGGCUCCCGCGACGAGAAACCACAGACACAGGCGAGCUCGCGAAGUGAAAGUCGCAGAGAGGCGAUUGCUGCCCGGCGGGCGGCCGCGCAGGCUGCGGACGAGCACGGGGCUGGCUCUGGCGUGGGCGGCGCGGGGUCUGCUUCUGCCGUUGGCGGGAUGGCCUCCGCGUCUGGCUCUAUCGGAGCGACAGAGGCAAAGAAACCCGCGCGAUCGUCGUCGUCGAAAACAAGCCAGAACCAUGAUAACGGAACUGCAGAGUCGGUGGUGGGAGCGGCGCCGCCCGCGAAGAGACGCAAGGCAGCUUCCGGCGCGGGAUCAUCAGAAGCCAGGAGUAACAACCAGCACUCGGGGUCGACUCCCGUUCCCCCGCUUCCUCUUCCCUCGCCCCAGCUCGUUGCCGAGAACCACGGCCGGUCGGCAUCGCCUGCGCGUCCUGGAACGCCGUCGUCCGCAAGCCAAGCGCGCCGGGGCGGCCGUGCGACUGCGCGGAACUCGAGCCGUCGGGGUCCCGUCAACGGCAGCGCGGCGGCAGGUGCGGUCGCAGGAGGAGGUCCCGGAGCGGUGGUGCCGAUCAAGGCCGAUCCGCAGUCGCCGGCGAACGACCCCGAGAGCGAGCCCGUGUACUGCUACUGCCAGCAGGUGUCGUACGGCGAGAUGGUAGCCUGCGACGGGCCGGAUUGUAAGCGCGAGUGGUUCCAUUUGCCGUGUGUUGGGCUCAACGCGCCGCCAAAGGGGUCGUGGUAUUGUAAUGAGUGCGCGGUGAAGUACGGCAAGAGAGGGAAGAACAAGAAUUGAUUGUGUUUUAUGUUUUUAUGUUUUAUUUCUUGGAGGAGGGAAGAAAGAGAGCAUCGUGAUUAUACUAUUACUUGUUUUGGCUGGUUGUUUGUUUUCUUUCUUUGUCGAUUUGGUUUAGUUUGUUUGUCUGUGGAGUUUUGUUCACUCUUUCCUAAUGGCUGUUUUUUUUUACCAAUUACUGUAUGAGCAAAAGUAUCAUCACUUUCAACUCAA